GGCGGCCUGGCUCCUACAAUUGGCCGUUCCGACUGGUCAGACCCCGCCCCCCAGGUGAGAGUGGGGACGAGUCACGUGAGGGGAGCGGGUGCCAGGCGGCGGCGGUAGCAGCGGCGGUUGGAGCGGGAGGAACUAUGAAGCACUAUGAGAUAAUCUAUAAACCAGGCAGACAGAGGGAUGGAAAACAGAGGCACAGAGAUUGGAAGCGACUGCCCCAUGGUUACGGAGCAGGUUGGUGACAGAGCAAGGAGUAGAACCCAGGUCUCCUGAGGCCAGUCCUAGAUGGCUGACUUCAUCCAGGUGGAGAUCCUGGAUGCCAAGACCAGGGACAAGCUGUGCUUCCUGGAUAAGGUGGAGCCCAAUGCCACGAUCGCCGAAAUCAAGAACCUCUUCACCAAGUCUCAUCCCCAGUGGUACCCAGCCCGACAGUCCCUCCGCCUUGACCCCAAGGGGAAGUCCCUGAAGGAUGAGGACGUGCUACAGAACCUGCCGGUGGGCACCACAGCCACGCUGUACUUCCGGGACCUGGGUGCGCAGAUCAGCUGGGUGACGGUCUUCCUCACCGAGUAUGCUGGGCCCCUGCUUAUCUACCUGCUCUUCUACUUCCGAGUGCCCUUCAUCUACGGCCCCAAGUAUGACUUCACCUCCAGCAAGCACUCGGUCGUGCACCUGGCCUGCAUCUGCCACUCGUUCCACUACAUCAAGCGCCUGCUGGAGACCCUCUUUGUCCAUCGGUUCUCCCACGGGACGAUGCCCUUGCGUAACAUCUUCAAGAACUGCACCUACUACUGGGGCUUUGCGGCCUGGAUGGCGUAUUACAUCAACCACCCGCUGUACACCCCGCCAACCUACGGAGACAAGCAGGUGAAGCUGGCGCUCAUUAUAUUCCUGUUCUGCCAGCUGGGGAACUUCUCCAUUCACAUUGCUCUGCGGAACCUGCGGCCGGCGGGCUCCAAGACCAGGAAGAUCCCAUACCCCACUAAGAAUCCCUUCACGUGGCUCUUCUUGCUAGUGUCAUGUCCUAAUUAUACCUAUGAGCUGGGCUCCUGGAUCGGCUUCGCCAUCAUGACCCAGUGUCUCCCAGUGGCCCUGUUCUCUCUGGUUGGCUUCAUCCAAAUGACCAUUUGGGCGAAGGGGAAGCACCGCAGCUACCUGAAGGAGUUCCGGGACUACCCACCCCUGCGCUCACCUAUCAUCCCCUUCCUGCUCUGAGCCACCAGGGGCUGCUGGGGCUUUGUGUAUUGGUGCAGUCCAGGGAGGAGCCCAUUCCCCACGGGGGUCUCUGCACCCCUCAUCUGGCCAGCUGGCACAGGGCUCGGGGGAAGCUGUGCAAACUCUCACCCUCCUCGCUGCUGGGGUUUCUGCAGCUGCCCCUGUGCUCCUGUGGGGGCUGGCCCCACCCUCCCAGGGAAGCCAACAUCCAAGCCCUGCUCAGAGCUAGUUUCCAUGCUCUCCUCCAGCUGCGCCAUGCACCCAGUGAGCCCAGAUCUACAACCCUGCCUAACUGGAAACUAACCCAGGGAGAAGCUGCAGCUGCCUCUGGCUGGAUGCAACCACUCAGAGCUGUGGCCUGGAGGAAGGACUCUGGCCUAACCUCAGGCAUCUAACCUGGCCCUAGGCACCUGCCAAUGCGGCCUGAUCCCAGAGGAGCUGAGCGCUCGUGCCCCCAGUGGAGCUGGUGGGAGUGGCAGGUGCUCAGCCCUACUGGAGACCAGGCCCCUUCUCUAGGUAUCAGCUCAGGAUCAUAGGUGCCUCAUUUUAGGCUCUUGAGCAGGAAGACAACUUCUUUCCUGGGUCAUAUCUCCAUGGCAGGGCCUCGGGGGCGAGUGCUGGGCUGAGGCAUGGGCCCUGUUCAGCACUCCUCUCCUUCUAAAGCUGCCCAGGGAGCCAGGGGGCUGCUGCAAGACACGGCUGGGCUCUGGCUUCUACCCUGCACCCCAGGCUGAUGGAAAGAGGGCAGGAUGGUAGCUAAGGCUGGCAGGGUCUGGUCAGUCCCCUAGCCCCAGGCUGCCUUUCCCCUGUGCUCUGCUGGCCCAGGUGUUAAGGGCAUCAGGCCUGGAGCAGGCCCCCUGGGCAGCGAGUUUACAGAUCAGUCUGUUUAAAAUGAUGCUCCAGGGUCUCAUGCUGGGACAAGCAGGAGUCAGGACUAAGGCAGGGUGGUAGGUGGGGGUGGUGUGGGGCAGAACUGAGCCAGGAGUGGGGUGACAAGAGAAAAGGGAAGAGUAACAGCACUACUGUGUAGGGAAAGCAAGGAGCAGCAGGUCAAGAUUGAGGGGCAGUAGCAGGGCUGUGUGGGGGAGCUCAGAUGGCAGCUGCUUGACUCAGGCCAGCACCGUUAAUUGUAAGCACAGUAAAGUGUUUUCUUUUGUACCAUUCUUCUGUUCUAUCCUUCCCCGUGUUGCUGAGCAGCUGCCCUGGCCUGCAGUCCCAGGCUGUAGCUCAGGCCUGGCUCUGCCGGGAUGGCAGGGGCUAGAGCAGGCUAUUCUAAUAAAGACAUGGGGUGAGGCCAUUCAGCUCCCUCCUGCACUGGCUCCUUG